AUGCUGUGCCGGCUCAGCGUUAGGUGGCUGCGGCCCCGGCCUCCCCUGCAAGUCCGUGUCCUGGAGCCAUCGCUCGCACGGGCCCCCGCGGGCGGCGCCAGUCGCUCCGCUCUGCCAGUGUGGGCGGUGGCGUCGGUCUCCGCAGUUGGCCCGAGCGGCGCGGGAGGCUGGUACGAGGCCUUGGCUACGUCGGCGCCGGUACAGGGCGCAGAGGACGUGCUGCUCUUGGCCCACACCGCCUCGGGCCUGCCCUGGUGGGGCAGCAUUCUCCUCACCACCGUGGCCCUGCGCGGGGCCGUCACGCUGCCCCUGGCCGCCUACCAGCACUACAUCCUGGCCAAGGUGGAAAAUUUGCAGCCAGAAAUAAAAAACAUUGCACAACGUCUUAACCAAGAAGUUGCAGUUCGUGCACAUCAGUUGGGAUGGUCCAAGAGAGUUGCCAGGCUCACUUACCUAAAGACUAUGCGGAGGCUUGUUUCAGAGCUCUAUGUUCGGGAUAACUGCCACCCCUUCAAAGCAACUGUGCUGGUCUGGAUUCAGCUUCCAAUGUGGGUCUUCAUGUCUGUCGCUCUCCGAAAUUUUAGCGCAGGGGCAGCACACUCAGAAGCAGGUUUUUCUGUUCAGGAGCAGUUAACUACUGGUGGGGUCCUGUGGUUUCAUGACCUCACUGCUCUGGAUUCCACUUGGAUUCUUCCUGUUUCCGUUGGUGUCAUCAAUUUAUUAAUAGUGGAGAUUUUUGCUCUGCAGAAACUUGGAAAGGCUCGUUUUCAGAAGUAUGUUACGUACUUUGUUCGUGCAGUGUCAGUGUUGAUGAUUCCAAUCGCGGCGACAGUACCUUCAUCCAUCGUCCUGUACUGGCUGUGCUCCAGCUUCAUGGGCCUGUCACAGAGCUUGCUGCUCCGUUCUCCUCGGUUCCGCCAACUCUGCAGGAUCCCGUUGACCAAGUUAGAUUCAGACACUCCUUACAAGGACCUCCUGGCUGCCUUUUACUCCAAGUUCAUUUCAAGACAAUCACGUACUUCCUAG